AUGACAGCCCGAAAUGCGCCCGCGGAACCCUUGGUGGUUAUCUUGGGAUCGACCGGAACUGGAAAAUCAGAGCUCGCAGUCGAACUUGCGACUCGCUACAAUGGCGAAAUCAUCAACGCAGACGCCAUGCAAAUGUACAAAGGCCUGCCCAUCAUCACGAACAAGAUCACCACCCAAGAACGCCGCGGUGUCCCUCACCACUUACUCGAUCACAUUGGCCUCGACGAGCCCACUUGGAUAGUCGAAGACUUCAAGCGCGAAGCGAACAGGGUCAUCCGUGAGAUACGCAGCCGGGGCAACUUGCCCAUCGUCGUCGGCGGAACGCACUACUACACCAAUGCGCUGCUCUUUGAAGACACCCUCAUCGGCCCUGAAGAUGAGAAAGCCAAAGACGGCGCUGCAGACGUCAAGGACGAAGACGCAUCUUCGUUUCCGAUUCUGAACGAACCCACCGAGGUCAUACUCGCCAAGCUGCGCGAAGUCGAUCCCGUCAUGGCGGACCGGUGGCAUCCCAACGACCGGCGCAAGAUCUCGCGCUCGCUGCACAUAUACCUCCAACACGGCCGUCCAGCGUCGGAGAUUUACGCAGAGCAGCGCCAGCGCAAGACAGCCGAGAACACGCCCGACGGUGGUGGCAGUGCAAGCCCUUGGCAAACACUGCUCUUCUGGGUGUAUUCCGAGCCGGACGUGCUUAAGGAGCGCCUCGAUAAACGCGUGGACAAGAUGCUCACCGUUGGCCUCAACGACGAGACACAAUCCAUGUAUGAAUACGUCCAGGCCAAGGAGGCCGCUGGCCAAGAGGUGGACUACACCCGCGGUAUCUGGCAGUCGAUCGGCUUCAAGGAGUUCUCGCCUUACCUUAAGGCCCUGAACACGAGCGAUCCUGCCACCGAUUCGGAGACGUUGGACGCUCUCAGAGCCGCGGGGCUUGAGGAGAUGAAGACAUCAACCCGACAGUACGCAAAAUACCAAACGCGUUGGAUCCGCACCAAGAUUGUGCCUCUUCUCCAAGAGCAACCGGGUGCGCUGGAUCACCUCUUCGUCAUGAACAGCACCGACGUGUCGCAAUGGUCGUCCAACGUCGCCGAACCAGCCGUCGAUGUCGCAAAGCGAUUCCUCGAGGGCGAGGCCAUGCCCGCGCCCGCGGACUUGUCGGAGAUGGCGCGGGAGGUUCUCAGGGAAGCAACAGCGCAGACGGAGCGCACGCUGUGUCGGCGGACGUGCGAGGUCUGCAAGACGACGUGCGUCACAGAGCAGGAUUGGACAAAGCACGUCAAGAGCCGGCGGCACAACGUGCUGAUGAAGAAGACGAAGAGGAGGGCGCUGCUUUCCUUUCGCUUGUUGGAUCACAUCACCCCUCUCGCUUUGCCCUGGCACGUUCGUAUUCCUCGCUUUCGCUUUCCGUUAGACCUGAGGAAAGCGAGCUAA